UUCGUGGUGCUGAAAAGGGAAUUCCCCAACACUUGUCAACAACAUGGACGCGAAGGUGGUUACCCAGUGGGGCCUAACUGGUUGACCCGAUGGUUUCAGCAGUGUCCAACGACACAUCAAGAUCGAUAGUUGUAGACAAUCUCAAUAGAUGCUUCAUACUCAUGUUGCAUCAAGGUCAGAAUGCAGGAGUGGAGUACCAUAGGCUACGUGUUAGUGUUAUGCAGAAUAAAAUGAGAAUUAUAGGCCUUAAACCUGAAAUUUAAGUUACCCAGCAAAAGAACUUUAGUGUGACACCUCAACCAUGGGCAUUAAAAAGCUAGUAGUUCACAUUCCUCCCCAAAACUACAUCCACGUUCUGGAUAAAAAUACCAAUGUGACCAGGAUUGAAACAGGACCCUGCACAUUCUUCAAAAAUGAAAAUAUACGAGUUGUUUUCGGUCCGGUACCUAUGGUGACCAUCCCCCGUCACCACUACUGCGUGGUGGAAAGCCCGGUGUGCAGAGACAAGCAUGGCGGACUGGUCAAGGGGGCACACGGGGACAUCAAGCUGAAGCUUGGGGAUACAGAGACACGCCUUUCUCAGGAUCCCUUCCCUCUUUACCCAGGAGAAGUUCUGAAACAGACUGUCACUAAACUGCCUGUUGUAAAUGAGUAUUCAGCUUUCAAGAUCUGUGCAGUGUGUGAUUUCUUUGAUGAAAACGGAGCAAAACGCAGUGCAGGAGACCAAUGGCUUUUUCAUGGCAAAGCUUAUAAGGAGAACAGGAGCUUCUUACUUGAGUGUUGCAGCAACCAGGUGCUUGAACCAUUCGUCAUGACGUUUUGUAACUGUUUGCCAAAGGGCAGAAUUCAGCAGCUUGUGGAGCCAGCAGUCAUGAAGUUGAAGAGGAAAGCUGUGGUGUGGAUAGGCUCUGCAAAUAUCAGAGAAGAAUCUGUUUCUCCCAUCUGCUACAUUAUUGCUUCUGUUGGUUUGGUGCUGUUUUUCCUACUGGUUCCCUCUGACAACGAACUGAUGGUUUUCAUUGUUGCUGAGAUUUUGUUGGUCGGUUGGAUGUUUAUCAAGUUUUUUUGGGACAAGCUGGUGAAACGAAGAAACAUAUUGCAGCCUAUCUCAAGUACUUUCAUACCCAGGAAAGAGUGCAAACUUGUUUGUACUGUGAAGCCUGUCACAUUUGGUUCUGACCAGGGCGUGCGUCUUCGGGCAAAGAGAGACUUGGUGGACAGGUCCGGUACACAACGCAUGACCGGAGAAGAGUGGCUGGUCACUUGGAGAGACCCGUGGGUGCGGCAGUACAGAGUGUACCUUCCAGGGCCACAUGAGCAGGUUGUAGGCAUUGCUAAUGCCUACACACUUUCGCCUAUACAUAAGAAUGGCUUACACUUGCGUGCUGUGAAAACAUUUAAAGACCAAUUUGGUGUGUGGCGGAAGUGUGGAUCUGAAUGGGUCAUUACUGCUGAACAUACCCCUUACUACCUACCUGGCGUAUGUGAAGAGGUAGUACAGACAGUGAAAGCCGUGUCCCUCAACAGUCGCCAGUAUUGUGUGGUGCUGGAUCCGGUGGAUCGUAACGGUGUGCCACAGCUUGGCAAGCGGAAGCUUAUAAAGGGUGAGACAUCAUUUUUCCUUCAGCCAGGAGAACAUUUGCAGUAUGGAGUCGAAGAUGUUUUUGUUCUGGGAGAACAUCAGGGUCUUGUGCUUCAAGCCACAAAAGAUUUCAUGGAUGAUAAAAAGCUUCGGAAGGCUGGUGAUCGCUGGUUGCUUCGAGGACCAGAAGAAUACAUCCCUCCCUUGGAAGUAGAAGUAGUCACAAAACGGACAGCAAUACCUUUACAUGAAAGUGAAGGGGUCUAUGUUCGAAACCUCAAAACAGGCCAGGUGAGGGCUGUGGUUGGGACGACCUACAUGCUGGACGAGCACGAAGAGCUGUGGGAGAAGCAGCUUCAUCCGAUGGUGGAAGCUCUUCUUAUGCUGGAGGACUCGAGUCUGUCCAGGGGGACGAGAAGUGGGCGAGACAAGUCCCGAGUUGUUUCCUUGACUGUGGACAGCAAUGAAGCCGUGCAGGUUUACAAGUUUAGAGAAAGUGAAGCCAGAGUUGUGGUAGGGCCGGCCGAGGUGAUCCUGGGGCCAGAGGAACAGUUCACCCGUCUUUGUUUGUCUGGUGGGAUACCCAAACAGGCCGGGGUGAUCCACAGUCUCAAGCUGAUGCUGGGCCCGGACUCUUUCUCGGAUCUCAUCGUCGUGGAAACGGCGGAUCAUGUCAGGGUGUCGGUGCAGCUGGCUUACAACUGGCAUUUUGAUCAAGCAGAUGUCAGCAAUCAAGGCAGGAUAAGACUUUUUAAUGUCCCAGAUUUUAUUGGCAAUGCCUGCCAAGCAAUGGCUUGUCACAUAAGAGCAGCUGUUGCUCAGAUCAGCUUUGAUAACUUCCACAAGAAUUCCGUGCACAUCAUUCAAAGCUCCGUUUUCUUGCGAGACAAGAAUACUGGCCGGUCAGGGGACAGGUACAAGUUCUCCGAGAAUAACCUGGUCAUCACCAGCAUUGAUGUCCAGUCUAUGGAGCCCGUGGACCAGAGUAUUUGCGACGCUCUCCACAAGUCUGUGCAACAGGCCAUUGAGAUCAGCACUUCCUCACAGGAGGCGGCAGCUAGAUAUGAAGCUGACUGCCUUGAACAGAAGGAAACAGCUUACGUGCAGAAGUUGAUGAUUAAAGACAAGGUGAAGACUGAAAAGGCUCGCCAUAAGCUGAAGACACUGCAAGUCGCCAACACGGCUUUGAAGAUGGUUGGUCGGGCUGUUGCCGAGGCUCAGAGCCUGGCUGAGUGGGAUCGCAUAGAAGGAGCAGCUGCCGUGGAGCAGGCUAAGAUGAGAGCAGAGGCACUCAAAAUAGAAGCAGAUUCUGAGCUGGAGCAACUGACGAAUGCAAGGAGAGCUCAGCUCAACUAUCUCGCUGCUCGGAACCAACUAGCGGUGGACAAGGCGCGAAAGAAGGCUGAGCUGGAAGUGAAACGUUUCAAAAAGAAGAUGUCGUCCGUGGGUCCAGAGAACGUCCUCUCAAUAGUCACUGCAGAGUCCAAGCACCAGGUCCGGUUGUUGAAGUGUCUGGGGCUUGAGUCCACUGUCAUCUCUGGUCAGUCUUGCCCAGUGUCCGUGGUCAACACACCAGAUGGUCUCGUUGUUGGACGCUCUGCCUCUCAAGUUGAUGAAGGUUUUGGAAAUGAAGAUAUUGAAGACGAUGUCUACAGUAAUGUUUAUAAUUGACAAGGCUACGUAAUCAGAGAUGUAUUUAUUUUUUUUUUUUAAAUGUGGGCGCUGCACAGUGUGGACCAGCAAUGGAAUUUUGGUGAAAUUGUUUUGUAUUGGUAUAAUAUUGUGUAUUUAUGUAUGUAUUUAUGUGCAUAUUUAUAUAUGGAUGUAUUUAUAAUCAUGUAUUUAUGAUGUAUAUUUGCCAUUGUAACCGAAAUUUCCCUUCAAGAUUAAUAAAAUGUCAUUUAUUAUUA